CUUUCUCAUAGCUGAGGUUUUAGCCUCUCUCUCUUCCUUCUCACAAAAGGGGUUUCGGGCUUUAUUCCUUGGAAAAUCCAGAUCGUAUUUCACCCCUUCUUUUUCAUCUCUGUAUCAUCUUCUUCAAUGGAUCGGUAUCAGAAAGUUGAGAAACCGAAACCUGAAGCGCCUAUUAACGAGAAUGAAAUCCGAAUCACUUCGCAGGGUUUGGUCAGGAACUACAUCAGUUAUGCCACAAGUCUUCUUCAGGAAAAGCGGGGAAGAGAAAUUGUCUUAAAAGCAAUGGGACAAGCAAUUGGCAAGACAGUAGCCAUUGCUGAAAUCUUGAAGAGAAGAAGUCCUUGGCUGCAUCAGGAUACUUCCAUCAGUUCAGUAAGCAUAACUGAUGUGUUUGAACCAGUUGAAGAGGGUCUUCAAACUGUGGAGCAGACCCGACAUGUCUCAAUGAUUUCCAUCACAUUGUCUUGCAAUGAGCUAAACAGGAACUCCCCAGGAUAUCAAGCUCCAUCUCAAAUGGAUCAAACAAAGACCGAUGAAAAGAAUUAUCAGCAGCAACAACUACCCAGACAAGCAAAUGCCUCAUACAAUGCUGUUAAUGAUGAUUCAUAUGGUCGAGGGCGAGGACGUGGUAGAGGGAGAGGAAGGGUUUCAAACAGAGGUGGUUAUGGGAACUAUCAAGACAGAGGUGGAUAUGGAAACUAUCAAGACAGAGAUGGAUAUGGAAACUACCAAAAUAGAGGUGGAUAUGGAAACUAUCAAGACAGAGGUGGAUAUGGAAACUAUCAAGGCAGAGGUGGAUAUGGAUAUGGGAACUAUCAAAACAGAGGUGGAUAUGGGAACUAUCAAGACAGAGGUGGAUAUGGAAAUCAUCAAGACAGAGGUGGAUAUGGAAACUAUCAAGACAGAAGCGGAUAUGCGAAUUAUCAAGACAGAAGUGGAUAUGGGAACUAUCAAGAAAAUGAUGGAUAUCAAAACUGGGGCCAAGGUGGUGGCCGCGGCAGAGGCAGGGGGGGAUACCAUGGUGGUGGAUUGGACAGGGCCAGAGGUGGAGGAGGCAGCCGGGGAGGUUAUGGGGGUGGGCGUGGAAGGAUGGGCGGUGGCGGCGGCGGCGGCGGCGGCGGCGGGCGUGGAAGGGGGAGUAGUAACAGAGAGGGGGAGCAGCAGCAGUAAGUAAAUGGUAAAUCAAAAUGUGGAGAGAUUUUGUCAUAUUGUGUCUCAAUGCUUAUUGUGUUUUGUUUGAAUAUCUUGAACCUGUGGCUUUCAGGUUCACUAGCGUUCUCUGUUUUUUCUUUCUCCCAUCUCUUCAAGAAUCUUAUAUUCUUUUGUUGCUUAUAUGUUGAACAAAGUAGAACUUUCUUUUGUUAUCUGAAUACCUUUUUUUUUUUACCAUUUUGUUGAUACUUUAAUGAACUUUUUGUCAA